AUGAGCACUUCGAACCACAGUCAAUGGCCCCCUAAAAGACCUUCCAAGAGAAAUAAGCUACGAAAUGGCACUGUGAUCAUCCCCGGCACGGGCGAGCGAAGCCAUCGCCAGUUCACACUCCGAAACCCGAGCCUCGACAACGAUCGUUCCGAUGACCCUGAUGGCUACCGGUCUCUUUUGCUGUCCGAGACAAACAGCGAGCGCGCCCAUACCAUAGGACACAAUGUCAAGACGAGCUUUCUGAAGUUCUGGGACUUCCUCCGGUCUCCAGCUGGCAAGGGUGUGCUCAAGUGCACUCUUGCCUACCUUCUCGGCAGUAUGGCCACUUACCUCGAACCGAUCUCUGAUUUUUUGGGGAAACCCGAUGGCAAGCAUGUCGUCGCCACCAUCACUGUAUACUUUCACGCCAAUCGCACUUGGGGCUCAAUGGUUGAAUCAGUCCUCAUCGCAUUCUGCGCUAUCGGCUACGCCCAGAUCAUAUCCAUGCUAUCCAUGGGCUUGUCUGUGCUGGGCAACGAAGUUGGCUUCCAAGUUUUGUCGCAUGUCAUGAUAUUGAUCAUCUGCAUUGGUUUCGGCCUUGGAUUCGUGGGCUGGAUCAAGCAGAGAAUGAACAGCCCCUUGGUGAAUGUCGGGUGCACACUAGCAUCCAUCGCCAUUAUCACUAUUGUUACCAAAGAAGAAGCUGUUCAAGGUGGAUACUUGUCGUCUAUCAAGGUUGUGCAGGUCUUCAAGAUCCUUGUCAUGGGUGUUUCUAUCACUGCACUCGUUAACAUCUUAGCUUGGCGAACGUCUGCGAGGGCGGGUCUGAGAAGCACCAUGAACACGUCAGCAGAAUCUCUUGGAGACUUGCUUGCCAUGAUUGCCCGCGGUUUCCUCAAUGGCACCGAGGAGGAGCUGUCGUCCGGUGACUACACCCGAGUGGACAAGGAUUUCAAAGCAUCAUACACCAAGAUGACCACAAACUUGCGAGAGGCAAAGCUGGAGCACUAUAUCCUUGGUCGUGAGACGAUCUACAAGAUGGACAGAGAGGUCGUCAGAUGCUUCGAGGUCCUUGCUCAGUCUAUUGGAGGUCUUCGCAGCGCCGCGGAGACUCAGUUCGCUCUCCUGAAGGAGCUACCUCAGGACGGCCCCAACAGUAUCCAGUCCCCCGGCGGCACCGUCAUUUACUCGCCAACUUUGACGCGCGCCAUGUCGCAGUAUCUUAAGAACACGCGCGACAAGGCCGCAACACUAGCAGCAAUUGAAGAGUCGGAGGAACUGGAGAUGGAGUAUCGUGCCAGCGCCGAAGAGGGCUCGAACUGUUCCUCUGCAAACCCUUUGACGUCAUUCCGGGCGCCGUCAGAGAUAUUUGAACUAUUCAUUGCUCUGUUGGGCCCAUCAAUGAAGUCUUUGGCCUAUACCCUGUCGGAAAUCCUGAGAGAUCCAACCUUCGGACCACCGCCCAAGUACGAUAUAAGCAUUAACGAGAAUUUUCGACAGAGUCUCAAAGAUGCUCUGGGUGUUUACAACGACACGAGAACAAGUGCACUUCGAGACCUGUACAAAAGCAUUGAGCUGGGAAGAGCCAGGACAGAGAAGAUUCAGGCCGACAUUGAAGAAGUGGCGGCUGCGUGCGGCCACUUCAGUUUUAGUCUGCAGAACGUGGCCGAAGACAUCGAUGCCUACUUGACGGUUUUGGAGGACUUGAAGUACGCGCGCGCUACCAGUGGGCACACCUGGCGCUGGUUGAAGUUCUGGAAACAAUGGGAAAAGCCUGCGGUCAAGCCUGACCCCAACGAUCCCGACCAAGAAGCCCUUUUGCAACCUUCAGCAGCCGAGGAAACACCCAUCAGGCCCGUCCGCAAGUCUGGCAUGCCGUCCGGCAUGCCGGCAGAGAUGAUGAAUCGGCGCGACACCUUCAACUGGGAUGCCUCUCCUGACGCAAGUUCUUUCUUGCGAUCCUUCUCGCAAUGGUGUCUGAAGGCUAUGAGGUUCCUAGCCCGAGAUGAUAUUCGAUUCGGCAUCAAAGUAGGUCUGGGCGCCAUGCUAUGGGCUAUGCUUGCUUUCCUUCCCGCCACCAGACCCAUCUAUAAGCACUGGAGAGGCGAAUGGGGUCUUCUAUCCUUCAUGAUUGUCACGAGCAUGACCGUAGGCGCCGCCAAUACCACUGGUACAGCAAGAAGGUCGACCGAUGACGACGACGACGAGGGCGGCCUGAACCCCAUGAUGGGUGAGAUUGUGUACCACCGACUUGUAUCUGUCAAUCUCGGUAUUCUCUGGGGCAUCGUUGUCUGCCGGAUGAUCUGGCCUAUUUCGGGCAGGCGCAAGUUCAAAGAAGGACUGACAAUUCUAUAUGUACAACUCGGCCUCAUCUGGAGGCGUGGACCUUUGGCUAUCCUGCUCAAUAGCGACAGUACGCGGUCUUACAUGAGGGCUGGCGAGGAGAAGGCUGUGCAGCGAUAUGCGCUGAAACUUGACGCUCUUCGAGCGUCAGCUAAGUCCGAGUUCGAACUUCGUGGCCCCUUCCCCGAUGAUGCGUAUGCGCGCAUCAUGCAAUCCACGCUCAGGAUCGUUGAUGGCUUCCACGCCAUGCGCCUCGUGACAUCGAAGCGCGGGAGUCUUUCAGCUGGCGAACGUGCUCUCCUACUACAUACGGCAGCCGAGCGAGCUCAACUUUGUGACCGCAUUUGCCACGUCUUCCAGGUUCUGGCCAGUUGUUUUAUGCUCGAAUACCCCUUGACAGACGCCAUCCCAUCGGUGGAGGGCACCAAGGACAGGCUCCUGGGUAAAAUCUACCAAUUUCGUAGAGAGCACCAGCCAUCGCUAGCUGCAGUCAAGGAAGACGACCAAGAGGACGACGCUGGUGUGAAUGACAAUGAAUCGACGAAUGGACACGGGAACGGGAACGGGCAUGGGAAGGCCAAGCUGAAGCCACCCAAGCUCGAGCUGCACGUAACGGCUGAGGAGAAGGAUUAUGCUCUGCUCUACGCAUAUACGCUGGUAACGGCCCAAGUCGCGCAUGAGCUGCAAUGCGUGCAAAAGGAGAUGGAAGGUCUCUUUGGUGUGCUGAACGACGAAUCGCUGCUCCUGCGGUAG